AUGAGCGUGAGCGGAGGAUCCUCACCAUUUUUGGAAACACCAUUAGAGGCCACAAGUGAUAAAGGUAUACAUCUUGAAGAUAGUCCCGUGCGUGUCGGAAAGAACAACCACGUAGAUACAAUUGAAGCUAAAGAUAGACAAAUUAUUUCACUUGAGUACAAGUUAAACACGUUACAAAAUGAAUUUGAAUUAGAACGAUUACAAACACAGAGACAGUGCAAUACGCUUGAUAAGCAGUACCGUUCCGCGGUGGAUGAAUUGGAAAAAGCCUUGGAUGAUACCAAAUUUUUACAUGAAUCUAACAGUAAAUUACAAGAAGAGCUUUCUGUCGUCAAAGAUCAACUGAAUUCAACGGAACUGGAAAAGGACAAAAUUAUCAAUGGACUGCAAUUCAAGAUACGCGCAAUUGAGCAGGAAUUGAGCGAUUCUCGAUUGAAUCAGGACUCUGAACGAUCUAAACUGACCAAUGAAGUCGAAACUUGUAAGAUAGAAAAUGAGAAUUCACAGGCAUUGCUGGCAAAGUAUGAAGAGGAACUUCAGAAACAAUCGAGUGAAUUGAAAAACCUGAUCAAAUCGAACAAUGAAAAAGAUAUAGAGAUUUCAGAAUUAAAGACGACAAAAAUAGUGAAUUCGCACCCAAAUUACUCUACAGAGGAUUUACAAGAGUUAGCCACCAUGAAUAGAAUGUUUCAAGAUCAGAUGAAAUACGUGAAAGAGCUGGAAGAGGCAAAUAUAAAGCAGGCUAAUGAGCUGAAAAGGUUAAGAAAUUUAAAUGAUUCUUCACAAUUUUGGAAGUCUGAAAACGAAAAAUUACAAAGCAAACUACAGGAUUUGGAAAUAUUAGAGAAUAAUAUUCAGGAAUUACAAGUCGAAAACAUUGAUUUGAAGUCCAAACUAACUUCAAUGAACAUAUUUGAUGACCAAAACGAUAAACCAGAAAAUAUUAUUAAUGAUUGGCAACUGACGAAGAAAGAAAAUUUGAUAUUAACUGAUGAGAAUUCGAAAUUGAAAUUGAGCGUGAAUAAUUUGAAACUUUUGAAUGAGGAACUAGCAAUGGAAAGAAAUCAAUUGUUGGAUUUGAACAAAAAUUAUGAAAGUAGUUUGAUUAAUUUGAAAAAACUGAACCACGAAUUAGACCAACAAAGACUUCUAUCUUUCGAAGAGUGCAAAUUAUUGAGAAAACAACUAGACGAUGUUAAUGAAGUUGUCACUAGCGAUAAUGAAGGUCGUACAAAGGAGAUGCAAUCACAUAAAGAAUUAGAAACAUUGAUAGAUGACUAUAAGAAUAAGACUGAUGAUCUAACGAAUGAAUUGAAACAUAUAAAUGAGCAAUUGCUCAAUUCACAAAAAGAACAGCAGAAUCAAUUAACGAAGAAGAGGAAAACAAACGACUACAAUGGCCUAAGUUACUACUCACAAAGAAUGAAUGAAUUACAAUUAGAGAAUGUCGAAUUGAAAAGAAACUUGCAAAAAUACCAAAAUUUAAAUAAGUUGCUCGAGGAAAAGACCAAAAAACUUAUAUCUCUCAAAGAAAAGAAGAUUAGAAUAUUACAACUACGUGAUAAUCCUUUAGCGAAUGACCAAUUUAUCAAGAAAAAGCAGAUAACGUUACUUCAAAAUGAGAAUAAAGAUUUAAUGGAACAAAUAAAGGAUUCUGCUAGCGAUGUAAGGACAGUCCCAUUUUCUGUAUAUGAGUCACUCAGCUUUGAAUUGAAGCAACAAGAAAACGAAAUAUUUAAAGUCAAUAAAAAAUCUGUCAGAUUAAAAGAGAUGUUUAAUAAGAAAUCCCUAGAAUUUAUUGAUGUGGUUAAUUCUAUACUAGGUUUUAGACUAGAAUUUCAACAGGAUAACAAAGUAAAAAUAUACUCAUGUUUCAAACCAGAUAAAUUCUUAGUAGUAGAUUUAGUAAAAAAUACAUUGGUAUCCAAUUUAAAUUUGCAUAACUGGGACGAACUACUAAAGUUGUGGAUCGAAGAGAGAGGCCAAAUUCCAUGUUUCUUGGCCACAGUGACGUUACAACUCUGGGAGCAAUUGAACAGUGAAAAAAAUGUAGAACUAACGAGCAUAUAG